AUGUAUCACCAUUUUCACAAUAUCAACGAUUUAUGUAAAAAUAGAAAAACUGUUGCUCGAAAAAUUCUAUAUAUUCUGUUUGAUUCUUUAAUUGAUCGCUAUUCUCUAUCAAUCAUCAUCAUCAUCAUCAUGUCUGAUCAAACAAUUUCAGCUGUCGAAAAUCAAUUAGCCAAACAGCUCGAUAUGGAAGAUGAAAUGGCCAAUUCAUCAUCGGAUAAUGGAGAAAAUUUGAUUUUUAAUUUUCUAAAUAAAUUACAUGAAUGUCCAAUUGUGAUUGAAGAUGAUUUUAAAGAUCUAGAAUGGAUCAAUGUAUCUGAAUCUUUAUCGUUGACGGACAAUUUCCAUGGAUUAAUUACUGUUUGUGAUUUUUUUACCUAUUGCUGUAUCAAUUGUCUUCAUAUGUUGCCAUUUUUACAUCGAAUCGAAAAAAAAUAUAUCCCUAAAGAAGUUUCAUUUAUUGGUAUUCAUUCACCAAAAUUUGAGAAUGAAAAAUCACCGGAAAAUGUUAUGAACGCUGUGAUUAGACAUGGUAUCGAUCAUCCUGUUUGUAAUGAUCCAAAAUUAAAAUUAUGGAAUCAAUUAUGUAUACGAUGUUGGCCAACAAUUGUGAUCAUCAGUCCAAACGGUAAAUUGUUGUUCACAUUGAUGGGUGAACUAGCCAUAAAGAAUAAACUUGAAUUUUACAUCGAUAUUUGUUUAAAAUAUUAUGGCCAAAAGAAUCAACUUUUCAUGGAAAGAAAAUCAUCGUUACCGAUCAUUUCGGUUAAAGAUUCAAACAAAGUAAGCCAUCUAAAUUUUCCUACCAAAAUUGCCUCAUCAAAUGACGGAAAAAGACUUGCAAUCGCAAAUACUUUAUCAAAUAUGAUUAUCAUUACAACCAUUGAUGGAAUGAUUGAAUUCACUAUCGGUUCUUCUAGCGUCGGAUUUCGAGAUGGCUCAUUUGAACAAGCUUUAUUCAAUUAUCCACAAGGAAUAGCCUGGAUCGAUCAAAACAUAUUCUAUGUCUGUGAUACGGAAAAUAAUGCCAUUAGAAAAAUUAAUAUAAUUUUACGAACAGUUGAAACUGUAGCCAAAUCAUUGAAUUCACCAUGGGAUCUAGUAUUCAACAGUGAUCAAAAUCGGCUUUAUAUUGCUGUAGCCGGUGCUCAUCAAAUCUGGACAUUGAUUCUUUCCGAACAAGGUGAUACUGUUCAUGGAAAACAUGAACAAUGUUUAUCAUGCAUAUGUUUUGCCGGUGAUGGUAAUGAACAGAAACGAAAUCAUCGUAGCCUUUUAAAAUCAAGUUUUGCACAGCCAACCGGUAUCGCAUUGAAUUCCAACAUACUAUAUAUUGCCGAUAGUGAAAGUUCAAGUGUCCGUAUGAUUGAUUUACAAACAAAUUCAGUAUCAACAUUGGUUGGUGGUAGUGUGGAUCCAACCGAUUUAUUUGCCUUUGGUGAUAUUGAUGCCAUUGGUUCCAAAUGUCGGCUACAACAUUGUAUGGGCAUUUGUUGUGCAAACGAUGACAUUAUUUACAUAGCCGACACAUAUAAUCAUAAGAUCAAAAAGAUUGAAACAAAAACAAAGAAAUGUCAAAAUUUAACAGUAAAUCAUGGCAAUAAUAAUGUUGGAAAAUUCAAUGAACCAAAUGGUUUAUGUUUUAUUCCUGAUCAAAAUGUCUUAUUGAUUGCUGAUACGAAUAACCAUCGAAUAGUUGCCAUUGAUUUGAAUAGCAAUAAUGCCACAAUUUUACCCAUUAUUAAUCCUUAUUCAAUCAACGAUCAUUAUCAUUUGACCGGUGAAACAGAAUCUCUUAAUAACAACUUUAAUUCCAAUAAUAAUAUCAAAACUUUAUCGGAAACUCCGUUGAAAAUAUCUUGUAAUCAAAAAAUGAAAAUUUCUUUGUAUUUUAAUUUUAUCAACACAUUCAAAGCCGAUGCUAAUGCCAAACAUAGAAUCAAAUGUACAUUAUUGGACAAUACAUCUGGCCUAUCAAUAAUGCCAAAUAAUGCCAUUCAAACCAAUGAUUUAAAUGAUAUUGAAUUUUCAUUAGAAUCGAUUGCAGCCAUGCAUGGAAAAAUUACAGAAUUAUCCAUUGAAUGUAAUUUAAAUUUAUGUCAUACAAAAGAAAAUUACUGUACAUUUCUUAAAUUGAUUAUCAAACAGCCUAUUCAUGUAUCAAAAGACAAUCAAGAUGACAAAAAAAUUAUUCAUAUAAAUUUGUAAUUUAAAACAAAAUGAAAAUAA